UCCCUCCAAGCCUUUACCCCACCCCCAAAGAGGCUGAAGAAGAUUCAGCUGCUGCCACCAUCCCGAGGAGCAGAGCAGAAUCCACCAAGAAUCAGCCACUGCCAUGGCCGGCUGCUGCGUCUUCCUGCGGUGGCCGUCGGCGUCGCCGCCCCGCAUCGGCUACCGCCCCCUCGACGACGAGGCGGCCGCGGGCCCGUCGCCGGCGGCGGUGACGGUCGUGGUCGGGAAGGAGCGGCGGGCGUUCUCCGUCGACCAGCUCGUGCUCGACUCCUACCCGUUCCGGGUGCUCCUGGAGACGGUGGCGCGGAAGGAGGAGCGCAGGGGCGGGGCCAUCUUCGUCGAUGUCGACGCCAUCCUCUUCGAGCACAUCCUCUGGCUCGCAUGCGACGGCCGCUCCGUCUCGCAGAUACUCCAGCUCGACCUCAAGGAGAUCAUCGACUUCUACGCCCAGGACGCCUGAUUAAUUCUCUGGUCGAUCGUUCAUGCCCGUCCUUGGAUUUGGGACGCGCAUCCUGAUCUCUUGAUCAGAUUGCUUAAUUCUUCGUUCCGUUCCUCUUCAUCUUAUGCUAAUUAAUGUGCAUAUUGAUGAGCUUCUGUUACAAUGAUACUGCUGGAAAUACUGAAGUAUAAACACAUGGCUGGUAGCAAUUUCUGACUGCCGUGCACUUCUUUGGCUA